AUGGCUGAAAUCUCUCCAUCCCUCACCCAGUGCGCAAUUGUUGCUGCAGCCUUCAAGGUCCUUUUGUUCCCUGCAUACAAGUCCACAGACUUUGAAGUCCACCGCAAUUGGCUUGCCAUCACACAUAGCCUUCCACUCUGGGAUUGGUACUAUGAGAAAACUUCAGAAUGGACGCUCGACUACCCUCCAUUCUUUGCAUACUUCGAAUGGUCUCUGUCUCAGGUUGCCAAGCUGGCUGAUCCAAGCAUGCUAAAGGUCUAUAACCUGGACUAUGACAGCUGGCAAACUGUCUAUUUCCAGAGAUCAACCGUCAUUGUCACAGAGCUAUUAUUGGUGUGGGCUUUGCAGAUGUUUGUCGAUUCCUCUCAUGGGACGUCCAAAAAGGCUGCCCAGGCUGCUGCCAUCUCCAUUCUUCUCUCUCCUGGUCUUCUGAUCAUCGACCACAUCCACUUCCAAUACAAUGGAUGCAUGUAUGGCAUCUUGAUAGCCUCCCUUGUCCUCGCACGAAAGCAGUCUGGCUACCUGGCCAGUGGGCUUCUGUUCGCAGUCCUCCUGUGUAUGAAACACAUCUACGCUUACUUGGCACCUGCCUACUUUGUCUUCCUUCUGCGAGCCUACUGCCUGUCACCACGCUCGAUAUUCAGUGUCCAAUGGCUCAACGGGAUCAAGCUGGGCGGUGGCAUCGGGGCCAUCCUUGGCGCCGCGUUCGGUCCUUUUGCGAUUAGCAACCAAAUACCGCAGAUUCUGAGCAGGCUCUUCCCCUUUUCAAGAGGUCUCUGUCAUGCAUACUGGGCGCCCAAUGUCUGGGCUAUGUACUCAUUUGUCGACCGAGUUCUGAUCUACCUUGCCCCACAUCUCGGUUUGCCUGUGAAGACAGAUGCGUUGAACAGCGUCACGCGGGGCCUCGUCGGAGACACGGCCUUUGCCGUACUGCCCGAGAUCUCUCCGAAUAUGUGCUUCGCCCUGACCCUGGCAACGAUGAUCCCGCCGCUGGUAAAGCUCUUCAUCAGCGCGACGUGGGAGAAUUUCAUCGGAGCCGUGACGCUCUGCGGCUACGCAUCAUUUCUCUUCGGCUGGCACGUUCACGAGAAGGCUAUUCUCCUCGUAAUCAUUCCAUUCAGCCUAAUCGCGCUCCGGGAUAGACGGUAUUUCGGUGCAUUCCGACCUCUAGCCGUCGCCGGACACGUAUCUUUGUUUCCUCUCCUCUUCACUCCGGCUGAAUUUCCCAUCAAGACUAUCUACACAAUCUUUUGGCUGGUCUUGUUCCUCAUGGUAUUCGACCGUCUCGCGCCGGCUUCGAACAGGCCGAGGUUCUUCCUGUUCGACAGGUGCAAUACCCUCUACAUCGCCAUCAGCAUCCCUUUGAUCGCGUACUGUUCGUUGGUUCACGAGGUUGUCUUUGGAAAGAGCUACGAAUUCCUGCCCCUCAUGUUCACCAGCUCGUAUGCGGCGAUCGGUGUGGUGGGUAGCUGGGUCGGAUUCAUGACGGUGUUCUUUACAUCAUGAGCGAGAGGUUAGAGAGACAG